GACUUUAGUUUAUUUGUAAAUAGCAGUGCAGUCGUAAGAAGUCCAGUCAAGAAGACAAGUCAAAUCAGCAAUAGAGAAAGUAGGUGUACCUCGCGAUUAUCGGUAAAUUGUCAGCACAUUCAAGAUAUACAGAAGGAAAUCUUAGAUCAUUUACUCAACUGCCUUUGAAACAUUUGGAAUGUAUCGAUCAAUGAUAAAAUGGCUGACCAGACAAGUCCAGUAACGGAUGUACCCCAGGGCCCCUGGCAUCUCAAUAUGACCUCCAAUCUACAAGACCACAUUCCCAGAGUGGGGCAGGCAGUGUCCGGGUUUGUCCCCCACAUCAUGGGCCCCAGCACUCACCAUCGAGUCAUCCUCAACCGCCUCAACUCCAGAGAGCACCACCCGGAACCAACCCACGAAUCCUCGGUCGUCGUAGAUGUCGACACGGAUCCUCAGCAGUUUACUCCCGGACAGGAAGAAAAUAACCCUAAUCUAUUGUCUCAUGAACAUUUCCAGAUCCCAAGUAGUUUCUUUCAGGACGAGAACCAGAAUGGUUUACCGGGCCAGGGCGAGGGAGGGGAGCACGGACAUGCACAUGACGGUGCAACCAAUCGCUUCAGUAUCAAGAGUAUCAUCCUCAAUUCCGGGGGAUUUUUAGUCAUCAUUUCCUUAAAACUGCUAUCACAACACUUUCUUGGAUUCUUUGUUUUUCUGGCCAUGUUUGGGACACAUGUGUAUGCCAAUAUGACAAUGCAGAAAGUUGUGCACCAGUCCUCUCUUAGAAAUUCCUCCUGUCGCGGGCAGGUUCUACCAUUCCUAUGGAUCAUCACUUUCCUGUCAGCCAAUAUAGCUGUCGUCAUGUACGCUUUUAAAGAAGAAGUGCUUUGGAAUGUACUGAUGUUUCAGCUUCCAGUGCUGCACAACUCCGAUUUCUGGGAUUAUUUGUGGAUGGUUCUUGUGACAGAUUUUAUCCUAAAAUUUUCUACUAUUAUUAUCAAAGCAUUCUUAUCACUUCUACCUUUUGGACAGAAGAGAAGGGGAAAGAUUUACAUGGUAGUGGAGAAUGUGAUGCAGAUGUACCGAUUACUAACUCCCAUAAUUCCAUGGUUCCACUUCCUGUAUGAUGACCAGGGAAUGGUGCUUGGCAUUAUUCUUGUAGCCUUAUAUUUCCUAAUGAAGAUUUUCCAGUGUCUUGCAAAAGUCCUUGAAGUCUUCAAGUCUUUCAAGAGCCUAUUGUCGGACGUGUCCUAUGGAUCCCGACCCUCAUCCACUGAAAUCAACCAGUGUGGGGAGAACUGUCCCAUAUGUCAGGACGACUACAAGGACCCAAUCAAACUGGCCUGUAAACAUAUAUUUUGUGAGAAUUGUGUCUCCAUGUGGUUUGAUAGAGAAAAGACUUGUCCCAUGUGCAGAGCACAAAUCCACACAGAAUCUCCACUGUGGAAAGACGGAUCAACCAGCAUCCACAUCCAGUGGUACUGAUCUCCUCUCUCUGACAGCUGUGAUAAAACAGAUCCACAUUGGAUAGGAUUCCAUUUGGCAUCUGGAUAAAAUAAAUAUUAUUGAUUGAAUAAAUGGGAUAUCAUAUCCUGCUGUUUGACAUUUUGUAGUGUUCCAUAGAUAAUUAAGGGAGCUUUGUUUGAACCUAAGGUUUACAACACUGUAAGAGUCAACAUAGUGGCUAGGAUAAGGUAGCUAACUGCUUUGUUUAGUUCCAGUGGUUGCCUCUUUUGACAAACUUCAUUGAAAGCCAAAUUUAUAUCAAGAAUUGUUUUCUGCAACGUUGGUUGUGCUUCUCACCAAAUCAAGGGACAUUUACGGUACCGGUAAUCUUAUACAGUCAUCUUUUUUUGUGACAGACAAUCAGACUUUAGAUGUUGAACACCAAAUAUUUAUUAGAUACUGUGAAAUCAUUGGAAAUCUUGGUGGCUUAAUUUUUGCAGAUAUUGUGGUGACUCCACACCCUUGAAAUCUUAUCUAAAACAAAUUAUGAAACAAAACUUUCGUACAAGCAGUUCCACAAAAUCCAUGAGUCUGUAAAACUUUGGCAAUCCUUUUUAUCGUUGCCAAAUCUUCAAUAUUUAUGAUAGAAAAAUUUUGCAGUCAGGUGCAUUGAUGCCUUUAUUUAAAAGCAUUAGUAUGUGUGAUCUCGUGUAAACAUUUACUGUGGUUUCAUCAAUAUUAGUUGAAUACCAAUUUUCGUGGAUUUCGUUGUUAAGUUGAUCCACGAAAUUUAAUGUUCAUUGAAGUGCAAUAUCUAUUAAUAUUUUGUAUAGAUUUGGUCAUUGGCAACGAAUUUACAAAUCCUUGAAACUGUGAUUUUCACUUUAUCCACUAAAAAUUGAUACCCUUGAAAAUUAAUGAAACCACAGUAGUACACCUGUACAAUACUGAAUUUAUAACUUUCAAGGAGCAAUGUUUGAUCAAACAAAUGUUUCUGCAUUAAUAAUUGAUAUGUACAUGCAAAAAUGUUUCCCUUUUCCAAUAGCUUUAUAUAAAACAUAGAUCUAAAAAAUAGAAGGGGGCUGUCUUAUUGCACUAAAAUCCAAAUAUUUAUUAUUUGUAACCACUGUAUGCAUAUAAAUCUGCUUAUUCUAUUA